CGGGCAUGGCGCGGGGCGCGGAGCGCGGCACCAUGAACGCGCUGGCCAGCCCGGUGCGGGCCUACGACUUCCUGCUCAAGUUCCUGCUGGUGGGCGACAGCGACGUGGGCAAGGGCGAGAUCCUGGCGAGCCUGCAGGACGGCGCUGCAGAGUCCCCGUACGGCCACCCGGCAGGCAUCGACUACAAGACCACAACCAUCCUGCUGGACGGCCGGCGUGUAAAGCUGCAGCUCUGGGACACAUCUGGGCAGGGGCGCUUCUGCACCAUCUUCCGCUCCUACUCCCGGGGCGCGCAGGGUGUGAUCCUAGUCUACGACAUCGCCAACCGCUGGUCUUUUGAUGGCAUCGAUCGGUGGAUUAAGGAGAUUGAUGAGCACGCCCCUGGUGUCCCCAAAAUCCUGGUGGGGAACCGGCUGCACUUGGCCUUCAAGCGGCAGGUGCCCACGGAGCAGGCUCGGGCCUACGCAGAGCGCCUGGGCGUGACUUUCUUCGAGGUCAGCCCCCUGUGCAAUUUCAACAUCACCGAGUCCUUCACGGAGCUGGCCAGGGUUGUGCUGCUGCGCCAUGGGAUGGACCGCCUCUGGAGGCCCAGCAAAGUCCUCAGCCUGCAGGACCUGUGCUGCCGCGCCAUCGUGUCCUGCACCCCUGUGCACCUGGUGGACAAGCUCCCACUCCCCGUCGCCUUAAGAAGCCACCUCAAGUCCUUCUCCAUGGCCAACGGCCUCAAUGCCAGGAUGAUGCAUGGCCGCUCCUACUCCAUCACAGCCAGCUCCGCGCACCGCAGGAGUCUGCGGAAGGCCAAGUCCAGCCGGCAGCCCCAGAGCCCACCCAGACACUGCACCAGGCCAAGCUGUAAGGUGUCCUAAGGGUUCGGAAGGGCCGGCUCUGGACUCUCUCCCGAAGCAGCCUGGUCCAGCCCAGGCAGGGGGCAGAUCCGUGUCUGUUGCUGCUCCCACCUGGGCAUGACACCCAAACACCCGCUUGUUGUGCAUGAAGCUUCCGUUCUCGACGUGUGCCCGUUACCCAGGGGCCAGUGUCCCACCCCCUCCCGGGUACCCUGAAGGGUCUGGACGUUCCUUCUCUCACGAUCGGAUCGCGGUGAGCUUUUCCUGAACAGCACUGGUUUUGUAGACCAGAAGGAGAUGAGGGCUUUCUGCAGCAGAGUUGGCAGAGACGCGUCGUCGGGGACCUUCCUGGGACCCGCCUUUUCGUGUCCGAGAGCUGGUUUCCCUGCAUGCCGUAGGCGUGAACACGACGGAUUUGAUGAGUUUUUUGCUAUGCUAUUUACUACAUUUUGGGAUUAAUAAGUGAUUUAUAUGCUUAUUUUUCUGUAAACCAACAUCCUUUUGUACAAGACAGGUUCUUCAAGUCACGAAACUAAGGGAAGAAAAUGCCAAAGAUACCCAGCGUUGUGCCGAGUGCAGGCGCCCUCAGUGCCAGGGCUUGGCGGAACUGGCUGGCAGGGCAUGACGUGAGCGCGGAUAUUUAAGAGAAUGUUUCUGGGAAAUAAAAUGUUUGAUUCUUUC